UACAUAGCACACUGCGAAAUGAAUGGAAUGAUAUUGGUUCUCUCCUGCUUCCAAACUCUUUAAAAAAAAAGGCUGGAUGAGAUGGAGACCCUAUGUCACCAGAUCACAAAUAAACAGCACCAAUCAGCGCUCAUUGUGAAUAGCUGCUGUACAACGAGGGACUAUAAACCAAAACGCAUCACAACUUUUAGAGAAAAUCCUGUUUUCACAGAAAGAAGAUUGGUCUUGUUUCUGCAAAAAUGAAUACAAAUAUGUCACGUCGUGAGGUGCUGGUUCAUGAUAAAGAUUUAAUAAAAAACUUCUGGGAACAAAAAAUUGACAGUCAGGACCAAGUGACUGAGAGUGAGGAUGUACGAAUGAAGAAGAGUGCCUUAAAAAAACUACGGAACGAGUGGGUGGAACAACUGGAAAGCAGAACAAAGCAUCUUAAGAAAUUUAAUGAGGAUCGUCACAAACAGAUGCAAGCAUCCCGGCUGACAACUGAGCCAACGCUCUGUAAAGCAGAAUCAGUUGCUUAAAUUAAUUGGUAGUUAGAUGUUUGGAAUUCCAAUCUGAACUACUAACCUAUUCCAUGAUGCUCUGUUUUACCCCUUCUCUGUGCACAUCAUUUUAUAAAGACAUCAUUAUUUCCUUAGAGGAUAGAUUAUCAAUGUGUACAUUUAGAAGUUUUGUCUAGUUCAGAAGAGCCCAUGUUACCGUCAACUAACUUGUAACAUAGAUGCAAACUGAAAAGAAUGUAUUGAAUUACCUUUUGAAAUUAUUUAUUUAUUUAGCGUCUGCUAAAUAAAUAAAUAAUUUUUAAAUUGCAAAAGCGAUGCCAGCAAAGUGCUGGCCAGGGAGCUCUUGUGCUGAGUGUGUCUGUAAUGUAUUCAUGCAAUCUGAUUACCCCUCAUGAUUCCAUUACAGGCACUGCUGGCAGUACAAAUGAUGCAGCCCAUGUGGCUUAUAUUGCUGUAUAUUGUAAUGUAUCUAAAACAGAAACAUAUUAUUUAUAAUCAUUGAUAAAGAUCAUUACUAAUAUGCUGAAUGUUUGAACUACUUCAUCGUGCUAUCAAAAAUGAUGCUAUAAUCACACUUUCAGUAAAUACACCUGAUUAAAAUUGUCACUUUACUGUUAAACUAGUUGUUAUAAUAUAUGCCCCUCACUGGUAUAUAUAACGUAAAUGAAAGAAUAUUUAUCAACACAGCUUAAUACAGGAAAGUGGAAAUUAAGGCUGUUAAGAGGAUGAGUUAAGAGUUGUUAGAAGCUAUAGUAGGUUUAUGAACUGAAAUUCUGUCAAAAGUUAAUUUUCAGAUUGUCAAGGGCUGGUUCGGUAAGGUUUUGAGACUUUGGUCUGUAAAAGUAUGAAGCUGAACUCAGCUGGCUUGAGGUGUAGUGGGACGAUUGGGUUCGCUUGUGAAUAUGUUAAGAAUGAAACUGGGAAUGGACCAUAUUGUGUUUCCAGCAGUACAUUCAUCUCACCAGACUAACUGUUUUUUUGACUGUUGUUACUUUGGUUCAUUUAAUGGACUGUGUCAUGUAUUUAUUUUAUUGACUUGAUUGACAAACAUUAAUAGAUUUAGAGUGACAGUAACAGUGAGGUUGUCACAAAGAUUCAAAGUACUGUAUUUGAUAGACAUGAGCAUCCAAGUACCUUGUGUGAGGAUGUGCAUUUCAUCUUUGACAGUGAGCUGGUUGGGUCUCCUCUAUAACUACACAUACAAAUAAUAUAUUCUUUAUUGCAAUACAGUUUUUCUUCUGUAAGGUGUAAGCAUGGUUAGCUAUCUGUUGUAUUAAGAGAGCUGUUAAUGUGGGAUUAACUAUUUUAAGACGCGCAGUGACAUGUAAUUACUCGGAAACAGAAGAUACAAAUGUUUGCUCUUUUAAUCGACUACAAAUGGUAAUAUCAGUACCCACAAGAAAAAUGACUACAAUCUGUCUGUCUGUGCUACUGCUGCGGUUAAGUAGUACACACCUGUAUUUUUUUAAAAAAUUAUUUUUUAUUGUUAAGGAAUUUUCAUAAAAUAAAUACUGUUCUGGAAUGAGUUUAAAUAUAUUAAAUAAUAAUUACUAUUUGGUAUACAGUAAAUACCAAAUAAAGGUUCUCCGAAGUAUUUUAUUAAAAUGUCUUAUUAGAAAUAUAAAAACACGGGGGUGGAACAGCUAGUUCUGUUUUCAUGAGACAAGAUUCAGAAACUGAUGUCUAGCUAAAGUGUACUUUUGAAUGACCUUUAGUACAUUUUAGCAUUUUUCUUUAAAAUGAAUAUAGGUGUAAUUUACUUGGAAUAUUUGAUGUAUUUAGAAGGUUUGUAUUUGUUUCAUUUGUAUUCAGUAACUUUAUUGACUGAAGCAUUUGAAACUGUUACUUAGUUUCAUUGACAUGUUUGUGACAGACAAUGUUUUGUUUAUCAGGAUUUAUGACUCUCAAUAAUCUCCUGCAGCAUCCUGCAAAUUAAGUUAUCUAGCAGGCAAUAAACAGCACAGAUCGCAGUGGGGAAAGGCAUGAAGAAUGCACCAGCAGGCCAGCUUUAAGGCUGUCCUUGUCUCAAUUUCUUUGUUGUCUGACCAACUCCAUCCACUGAAAAACUCGGUAACACUUUACAUUUACA